ACACACGUCUCGGGCGACGACUACGACGACGUACGACGACGACGGCGACGACGACGAGGACGACGAGGUUACUCCGUCACGGGGCGCACAGUGCCUCGAACGAUACAUACGCGGGAUCUCUGCUCGUUCCUCCGCACCUUUACUCCGGCGACGUUCAACAUUUAUAUUCAAAAACAAACUACGAAAAUUCAAAAAACCUUUUACCCCUUUCCCUUCCCUCUCUCUCUCUUUCUCUCUCUCUCUCUCUCUCUUCCUCGCUCUGUCUUUUUCGCACACGCAUACUCGAAAAGCGGGAACGUGCGUGGGGGAUUUCCACGAAGAAACGUCAGUCGUCAUCGGACGCCGACGCCGGAACAGCAGAAGGAGCAGUAGAACGAAACUUCCGAAAAUAAUAAAAGACAAAAACUGCAACUGAAUCCUGGAGGAAGAAAGAGAGAGAUCGAAGAAGAAACGGGAUACGAGACUGCGAGCCGGUUGGCCACUCUCGCGAGGACAUGGAUCGCCGUCUGAGCACACGCCGUCCUUGACUACUGGAAAAUUCGAAAUAACAUUUUUGCAUCCAUUCAACGUGAAAAUAACGUGUCAUCGCCUCACUCAAAUUCCCGGUUUCCCCAACGUUCGUCGCGACGCGAUAACUUACGUGAAUCUUCACUAUUAUUUCAUUAUAAAAUGCGGUUUAUCAUGACGUGAGAGCUCGCGAGAUCAGGGUGUUUUAAAGGUUUUUGUGAUUACGACGAUUUAAAAAAGCCGGUGCGACGCUAAAUCGAGUGAAUUUUUCUCGUCGUGCAUAACGCCUAUCAGAAAAAACAUCAGUUUUUACAGGAAAAAAGAUUUAUUCGAUUAAACGAGUGUACAUACAUAUAGAUAUACAUAUAUAUGCGUAUAUUUCUUCGUCUGUGUAUAUAUAUAUAUAUUUAUAUACCCGUAUAAAUGAUACAGUUAAAUAGAUACUCGUCUUUAAGAUUAACGAACAAACGAAAUGUUCGGGAAAUAUAAGGAGAUCGAGUGAACAGGCCUGGAAAUUUUCGCACACGUAUCACGAGAAGAGGUGGAAAAGUAAAAGAGAGAGAGAGAGAGAGAGAGAGCGAAAAAAGAGCGACAUCUAUAUUGCACAUACGAAACUAAAUAUCUUUCGGAUUACAUUUUUUUCUUCUUCUCAUGCACGCACUGCCAGACGCAUUCGAGUACACGACGUCCUCACCAAUAAAACCUGAUCGACGUUAAUAACGGUUAUUAAUAUCGAAUAAUAAUAAUAAUAAUAAUAAGAAGAAGAAGAAGAAUAGGAAGGAAAAUCGUUGAGAUAAAAUGAUGAAAAUGACUGUGACGCAACAGACUAGAUAAUUUGGAAAUUAAUAAAAAUUGCGAAAGCGAGUACACCGGAGGGAUCAUCGAGGAAAGAGCUCGUCGUUCUUUAUCGGAAGAUUGGCGGUUAAAGGAGUAUAAAAUAUUGGGUAAAACGUUUGAAAUACGACGGAAAGCAGGAAGGUUGAAAUUAUUGUGUGUGCGGCCCAUCGGCCCGGCACGGCAACGAAUUCGAGAACAAUAAAAAACAUAAGAAAAGGAAAAAACGAAGAGCCAAAAGAAGCAAAGUUCUCGGCGACAUUUUGUUCGUUCACACUGCGACAUCGUCGCGGAAAAGACGUUUGUCUUCUUCGUCGUAGUCGUUUCGGGGUCUUCGCGACCGGAUUUUAACGUUACUCGUUCCACUGCCCCACACAACGCGGCCUCAUGAUUGGUUCAUUCUGGAACCUGUGCCGUGCGUGCCCUUCAAUGCCGAUAGAUAAGCAGCUCCAUUCGGAAUACAGGAGCACUUAUACAUGGCACGAAUACACGGGGCCUCACCAAGAGCACACGGUCGUACGUCGGGCGCCCCAGGCGCCACCUACUUCCACGAAGCAAGCGAUCGCGAAGCUACAAUCGGCCAAGUCAACCGAGGAUGAGAACAUCGAAGGACCUACACUCGAGCCACCUCUUCCGAGAAGAAAAAAGUGCCCGGAGCUCGCCUACAAGACGCACGAAUUCAUCACCGCGGCGGACGGCGGUGGGAUCGAUGCCGUCGAUACGAAUGUCGUUGCUGAUAAAGUUCGGGAGGUCGCGGCUACCGCGGCGUUGCCACCGAGCCAGCUGAGCAAAGCGAUUUCGCGAAUAAGCACCGAGUAUCGAUUGCAGUUCGCCUGGCCAAGGCGAUCACAGCUGACGAACGGGGAUGCGGUUGGGCCGGUUGCGGCUGCCGGUGGGGCUGCCGGAACUGCGGGACCACCGAGAAAAUCCUUGAGCAUGGGGGCUCUCAAACAGGGUAUUGGACCAGCGGGCCCCGCACCCGUACACAAGAAGAGACCAGGUGACGUCGAUCACAAGCGCGAUGGAGCUCAAGCGUCGGAACUGGAACCGUUGGUCGGUCACACGGACACGGUGGACGGGGUUGUUCCGGAGGGCGACGAGCGCGAGGAUGAAAUCAACGAGGUCAAAGUAACCUUCAGAAAGAAAAAAGCUACGGAUAAGGGAGUGACAUUGGUGAGCGGAGAUAACGCCGCCAAGACUCGUAGAAAAUUACUGGCCAAAAGUUUUCCCACUUCCGAGAUGGUAGAACUCAGACGUUUGGCUGACGAGUAUAAGCAUCGAGACUGGGGAAGUGGAUUAGCUUCGGAGGAGGAAGUUUCACUGUGGAAACGCGUGAGCAACGAUCACUCGCUCAACGCCCUUUCUCUCGCCAGGUCAGUAACGAAGGAGGAAAAAGACAAGGAGAAUACAAGAAAAAUAGCACCAUCGAUGAUGAUGCCACCGGCGGGUCGACCUUCCUCCGUACAAGCGAGACCGUCUCACGGGAUUCUUCAGGAUGAUAUAAAGGCCGACAAUGAAAAGGCAAUAGCACGAGCGAGAAAAGAUUUUCUGAUUCGUCACCAUCUCGAUCGUACCACAGGAGUCGGUGACGGAGCUCUGCUACCCUCGCCAACUCGUGAAAAAUUGGAGCCGGUGGUGCCCCGUCGUCGGGACGAUUCGAAGGAGACGAGGGAGGAGAUCCAACCAAAGACAAAAUCUAGCCCCAAGAGCAGUCCGCGAACGGGACGUUCACAGAGCCUCGGACCAAUGGCGAGCGAGCGAAGAUCGCCGAAGCGUCAGCCACCCCCGCGAGCGCCCUCGGUCAGCAAAGACGCCAAGGAAAAAGAAAAGGAGCAAAAGGACAAGGAGGCGAGGGAGAAGAGCGUCGAGCCCGAAAGGCAUCCACGUCCGACCGCGGGUGGCCGUGGGGUCCGGUGGAGCAUAAGAGAGCCCUCCUCGAUACAAUACACGACUUCGAGUUGUUCGUCGACGUGCGAGCCGCCCAUACCGCCAUUACCGCCGCCACCUUCGGGCCCUGGGCCGACACCUCUUCACAAGACAAGGCCCUCCCCGCGGGCUCAUCGCAAACCCUUCCUCGCGACAAACGCUCCCCCCCAUCGCCCCGUUGUUCAUCAUCAGUCAAGCAAACCCGGUGUAAGCUCAAUAGGGAUAACAAAUGUAGCGAAUUUAAUAACGACGACGACGACGACGACGACAGGGACGACAACGACGAAAAGUACGACAGGCACGACAAACACGACGACGGGACAAGCUAUUAGAGGAACGAUUCAGCAAAAAAAUUCGUUCAAUUGGUCAAACGUGAAUACGAGCGUUGGCGGUACGAGUGAUAAAAUGAUGGGGAAAUGGUCAACGAGCGGGAUCGGGGCGAGUAACGUACAGGGAGCGCAAAAAACGAAGCUCGAUAAUGUAACGAAGCUCGAAUCGUCACCUGCCAAAUCUGCGACGACGAGGCCGAUUAAAGUUUCGUCCUUAUCGAGCGUCGACGACAACGACGACGACGAUGACGACGACGACGACAAGUCGUCCCCCGUGAAAAUCAUCAUCGGCAAAACAGCAACAGCAACAGCAACAACAACAGCAAUAUCGACGACAACGACGACUCCUUCUCUCUCCGCUGUUCCUGUAGAAGUUGUUGAUAAACACCCAUCCAAAUCAUCAUCCCUCGUUGAUAAUCGAACAAAUAACGCCGCUGCCCUUCAUUCUGCUAACGCCGGCCUACAAGCUAUGACGGCGGAGCCUCAGGUGAACGGGGAUGCGGGAACGGGAGGAGAAUCGAGCGUAGCGUCGACGCCGCAGUCGCAGAGCGCCGGAAGCGUCGUUUCAGCGCCGAUCGCGGCGUCCCAGGUCGCGCCGUGGGUGGACGACGAACCGGUGGUCAAGAGCCCACCGGAACCAACGCGCGUCAAGUCACCGGAACAAAUGAUAAUGCGCUCACCGGAGCCGGUAAAUUGGACCGUGCCGCUCGAUACCGGUAAAACCUUUACCGUUACUCAGAACGUGAGAGAAGGAGAGCCUCUUACUCGACCUCAUAGCGAGGCCAAGACAUGGGGAGGAUCCUCCUUCCCAUCAGCCCCGCAAUCAGCGCCACCGGAGCUCGCGGCUCAGCACAAAUCGCAACAGCAUUCCCAGCAUUCCGGUUACAAGUCACCGGAGAGCGAGAGCGUCUCGCUCGGAAGUUUCAGCGGUCUCAACGGUCACAAAGAUCUCGAUUCCGAGAGAGAUAGUCCUUUACCCUCUAACGUACAUAGCACACCGACUCCGACGCAGAGUGACAAGAGUUCGAUCGUCGCCGGAAUGGAGGAAACCGCUUCGAAGGAAGAUCAGCGUCCGGAGCAGCCGGUAGGAUCUUCGAUCAAGCCUGUGGCAGGAACGAAUCUGAGGUGUCUGGAGGACCCGGUGUUCGAGUUCGAGCGUUCGAAAAACGUCGAGGGAGCGAGCACGACGAGUAUCGCGACGCCCUCUGCGACAGGGGGGACGGCAGCGGCGGCGGCGGCGGCGGCCGCAGCGGCAGCGGCAGCCGGUGGAACACCAGCAGCACAAACGGGAUAUAGGGUAUUGGAAGCGGAAAGUCCUCCGGGAGCAGGCGCUUCCGUAGCCGGACCAGCUUCCGGUUAUCACGUUCUCGGAGCCCCGGCACUGAGCCCCGGUUCGGCUCAACGUACGGUCGCCAGUGACGUUCUCGAGAAGGCUCGUAAUCGCUUUGACAAAUUUUGGGGCAAGGGCGGACCCGAGAAUCAGGCUUAAUCUUAUUUUUAAACCAAUUACGAAACAAAAACAACCUAAAACGAGACACGAUUAUUAUAAGGAAACACGCGAUGACGGACACUUACACACACAUACACACACACACACGAACACACGAAAAUACGGCACACACGUACACACACACACAAACGCAAACACUCGCGCCAUACACGGUCACGUUAGAGAAUGAAGAAAAGAUCGGAGUAACGAGAGAGAGAGAGAAGGGAGCGAGGGAUGAAACGUUGUAGUUUAAAAUUCGCGAUUCGUCGAGGCCGCCGAUUGGCUCAAAGAGCAGUUACAAAGUAAAUAAUAAUAAUUAUUAUUAUUAUUAUAACAAUAAUCCAAGUGUGGAAGGAUGCGAGAGUGAAGUACGCGAAGAAGGCAACAUCCGGCGUCGAAUGACGAUUGAUAAGUUGGAAUAAAAUAGAAUAAAUAAAAAGGAUUAAUGAAAAAAAAAAAACAAACAAAAAACAAAAAAAAAGAUAAGAAAACCCUAGAUAGCCGUUGCACUAUAAGAAAUUGGAGGUUAAACUGGAGCGAUGAUUGACCGAGAGGCUAAAACCGCCAAAACCGCGCAAGAAAAUAAAGCAAACGUAAUAAAGAAGACGCUAAAUGUCCAUUACGAAUUUAUAGGUAAUCCGCAGAGAGAAGAGAGCGAGAAUGCGAAGAGAAUAAUACGACAGUAAAGGAGAUAUUAGGGCGCGGGUAAAGAGCAAAAAAAGAAAGAAAAAAAAAGGCGAGUCAUUUCCAAACCACUUUUGCCCACGGAUUGCAUUGAAAUAUACCGUUUAAAAGAGAAACAAAAAACGCUGCUGUUGCCGCAUUUUGCCGCCGCCAUUGCUGCUACUCUACUGUGUUAGUAACGAAAGAUUAAAAAAAGCAAAACGUAAAAGGUAUGAAAAAAAAAUAAAUAAAAAAAAAAAAUAUCUAAAAAUCGAGGAAAAAAAGCAACAAAUGAAAACACAAAAUAACGAAACCACGAAUUCCGUCUUGAUGAUUUUUUCGAUAAAUAAGCUCGCAUUUAUAUAUUUAUGUGUUGUCACAUCCGCCAUUGUUUUUUCUCGUUCUCGGCGACGCGAGAGAAACGAUAAGAACAAAGAAUUCAAAAAAAGAAGAAAAAAAAAACACCCACACAAACACACACACACAAACGAAAACAAAAAAAAGACGAAAACGCUUUUUUACUAGAUCCUCGAGACAAUUGUUGCUGUAUACACUUUGACGCAAGUAUGUAUAACAAAACGAAUACGUAAGCCAAGUUGAAAAACGAAGAAAACGAGUUGUGGAAAUGAAAAUUUUGCUAAAAGCGAAAAAAAUCGUAAAAUUGAAAUGAGAGAAUUCGAUGGUGACAUGUAUGAAAAAAAAGACCAAAAAAAAAAAAAUAAUCGUCGCACACAAUCCGUCUGAAUUUUCCUACAAUCGUUAUUUCAGUAGUUGUCGCUAUAUUAUUUCACGAGGCUCACCGCGGAUAAAUACGUUUCUUUUGAGUACUCUCGUUUCGUAAAGAUAUGGACUCAGUACGUUCGAUGCUUUGUAGCGUGUGAGGGAAAGAGCUUCGUUCGAGGUUGGCGCAUUAAUGAGAUAUUAAAUAAUAUCGGUGUCGGUCGAUCGACGAGCUCAUUCUCUCGCCCAAAAUCACGCACGCGCCAAAAGACACACCAGUACACCACACUCCAUCCAGACUCCACGUCCAACGUCCAAAAAACAAAGCAACCAAAAAAUAAUUUAAAAUAAAAUUAAAAAAAAAAAAAAGCAAGAGAAGCAAAAAACAACAAAUCCAAUGAACCUCAGCUCAAUGGGACUAUAACGGAAAAAAAUCAAAUGAAAAUGACAACUGGAAGAAUGAGAGAGAAAAAAAUGAAAUUCAAUCAAGUGGGACUUUGCAGAACGAAGACAAAGUAAACAAAGUAACGAUAAUAAAGACGUAGCAGCGAUUUAGAGGGGGUCGAAGGAACGACUGACGUGGCAGGGAAUAGUUCGGUAUAUAUAACAGGAAUAACUCGGUAUUAUAUGUGCCCACGAUUCACACUCGUGGGGUUUCUUUCGAGAACGAAUGGCGUAAAUAAGAUUCGGAACCUAGAGAAUUAACCGGCUGCACCCUGAGCUUUCUUCGUUUUUUAUAACAUUUACACCCUUUAAUCGUCUCUUUCUUUCCUCUCUUUCUCUCUUCCCACUCUCGCUUUCGCUCCAUUUGUCUCUUGACGUUGAGAAGAACUGACAGAGGGAUUGAGACAAGUUAUCUUUGCACUGUAUCCGUUUCUCACUUUCCCAUUGUCUUUAUCGUUUCGCAGUAGAAAAAGAAAAAGAAAAAGAAAACAAAAACGGUUGUUCGCGCAGUGAGUCAAAAAAACGUUGCUCGUAUCUCGUCAGCUUACACUGCCCGUCCAUUUUUUUUUUUUUUUUUGAUACCAGCGAAUUAGCGAGACAAAAAAUGCAACGAGAGUGAGGGAGAGAGAGGCGGUGAAGGAAAAAGGAAUGAAAGCAAAGGUUUUUGUCGAAAAUUUUAUUUCACUAGGCUCGCGUAUAUUUAUAUAAGGUAUGAAAAUAAAAACGAACAAAUGAAAACAAUGAUUCCCGGAGGAGGAGUGAGAAACGAGAAAAGAAUAAAAGUUUUCCCAAAAUCUGUGUGCUAAUGAAACGUUCGCCAUCGUAUAGCUUGCAAUUAUUUCGUCUUUAGAGAGAGAGAGAGAGCCCGAGAAAGAAUGAAUACUCGAUAGGACAGAGCGCGCGGUGAGACAACGGAAUGAUUACCAGGGAGAGAAAAAAGGAAUAAAAAUGAGAGAAAAAGAAUAAGAAGAAAUAAAAUAAUAAUAAGGCGCGUUCGAGAAGCGUGCUGGUCACGUUCAUUUCUGUUUCCUUUCUGUUAUUUAUUUAAUCGUAAUCGCAGAAACCACGAUUCUCGCAUAUACAUGAAUAAUCCAUUAUUUAUAUAUAUAUAUAUAUAUCGAAAUCCGCGAACCAAGAACAAAGCUAUUUAAAGUGGGGCUCUUUUACAAAAUGAAACAACAAAUGAGAAAAAAAAUUGAAGAAAAAAAAAUCGUAUCGACGGGCCGGGUAAAAAUGUUGAAAUAAUAAAAUAGAAGGAAAACUGUUAGACCGCUGUUCGACUUGGUAGAAUCGAAUCAACUACGAGAUGAACGUUUAUUUUUUCUUUUCCAUAUGAACUGUUAUUUUAAAAGGCAAGAAAACGGCUCUCAACAUUGCUUCGUCCUCACCGACAUUUGUUGCCAUUCAAAAAACGUUCGAUACGAUUUUUUUUCUUUUUCAUUUUUCCGAAGAAGAGAAGAAGCGUUAGUAUAGGAGAGGGGCUGUGUUUUUUUUUAGUAAUCGCCCGGGAGCGUUGAAAAAUCAAGGACAACAAUAACAACACACGAGCGAGGACACAUUCGGAGAAAAAUGGUCGUUCGUCGAUUACGUGUCGUGGCUUAUUAGGGACAAGUUCGGGGGAGAGGGAUAACAAACGGUUUGAAGAAAUAAAGAGACCGAUCGAACGACGCGCUAUUUCGGGAGCCUACGGGACAAGGGCAAACCGGGAUUUCGUUUUGCAUUCCCGCCUUAGUCUGUACGCCUAUGAUAAAAACAAAAAUAAUAAUAAUAAUAAUAAUAAUAAAUAAUAAUAAUUGACAAAAAAGUGGAAAAAAAUUAUAUAGAUAGAUUCAUAUUAUAAAUUACGAUACGACGAUUAUGUACGAUUAAUAUUGUAUAUCGCAUGGAUAAUCGAGCGUACGUUAAAAAGAAGAAAAAAAACCAUAAACAAGGAAAAAAAAAAACAACAUAGAAAUGGAGUGUCCCAGAAUCGUUCUCUACGCAAAAAACAAUAAAUUCUUAAUCAAUUCGUCAAUGUAACCUAAAGCGUUGAAAAGAAAAAUGAAAAUAAUGAUUCAAAUGUGCGAGCACGAGGGGGCUUCGGAAUUCUGGGAUACACUGUACAUAUAUAUUAUAUAUAUUUAUAUAAAUAUAUACGAUAUAUAUAAUGCGACUCGCAGAGAAUUUUGUUGGGACAAAAAUGUGAUUCGCUGGAUUCGCUAGACGAGGAUGAUGAUAAAAAUAACGUUAAUUAAAAAUUGGUCCGUGCCUGUUUUGCCAAAAUACGAGAUAAUUCGUAGAGAAAAAAGAAAAACAGACGAUGAAGCGGAGGGUCAAAUUUACUACGAGCCCAGGUUUGGUUCUGCUAAUAUUGGGAGGCGUACGAGGCUUUAUUGUUGAUUUUUAAUGUUUAUAAUAAUGAUAUCAUUAUUACGAUAUAAUUGUUGGAAGUUUGAGGCGUCCGUUUGUCAGGUGACUAUCGAAAUGGCAGAGUGAGAUACAACGAAUAUACAGAAAAAAAAAAGAGAAAAGUAAAAUAUUCAGAAAAAAAAAAACGUGUGACGCACCAGACGAUCUUGAAACAUUUUGCGACUCGAGACACUUUUUUCGUUUAGCGUCGAGUAUGAAAAUUACAAAGGUUGUUGUUUGCAUGUAAACGUUAAUUUCUGCUUAUUCUAGCACAAAAUGUAUAUGUAAAUAAUACACAUACAAAGGCGUGCUAUAAAAGAGAAAAAAGAAACCCACGAGUAAUGAUUCGAGAAGGUAUUAAAUAUUGAGCGAUUUGAUUGAGCGAGUGUGAUGGAAAGAACUUGAAAUACAAUCAUCAAAUUCGUUCCGGUUUGGUCAGGGUAAAAACAACGGUUGAAUAAAGAGUUAAUAAAAUGAAUCAUUCACGUUCCGAGAUCGAGGUGAGAUCGAAAUCGUCUCAUAUUUUGCAAAACAGUGUUCGCGGACGUGAGAGAUCAGGUAUGGAAGAAUGAAAGUGAGCGAGAAACGUGGCAAGGUAUUAAUCUACUAUCGAACAAAAAAAUAUUGAAGGAAUAUUUAUGGCUAUUAUAUAUAUAUAUAUAUAUAUAUUAUAUAUGAAUAUAUAUUAUAUAUAUUACUAGAAAUUGAAAUACUACUCGUAAUAAAGACACGCCGACGCUUCCUGUGACAA